AUGAGGGUCUCCUUGCUUAGUCCAGAUCCCAACAGGGCUCCCAGCAAUUCCACCUGAAGGUGAGUCAGUUUUGAAACCAUGGUCUUUAUUUCUGCCCUCUUCUUCUAGAACCCAAUCUUUGGACGUGAUUGCGGCAAGCUUUCCUUUUUGCUACACCAUGUUUCUGAAGUUACACGUCCAACCGUCAGCAGAGUAGAAAUGGCCGCAGAUUCUGCCUUUGUAACCCCCACCCCACCCCCCAAAAUUCCCCAAGACAAAAAACAAAAAAACUAGCUGCUUCAGACCCCCCACAACUGUCCUGAGUCAGUGCUGAUAAAGGGACCCUUGCCUAUCUGUUUACAUUGGAGCAAUGCAAAUUCUCCAAGGUUCAUAUUUAUCUGUGUGCUUAGGCAAGUUACUGAACUUUGGACUUCGGCAUUGCGGCAACAGUUCACAAAGUGCGCAGGGAGGGAGGGAGAGACGGGGGGGUAGGGGGGAGGAGAAAGAAGAGAGGAGUGAUUGAGAGAUGGCGCAGAAGACCAGCAAGAGCACAGAAGCAGACAUGUUCUUGCACCUAUUGAAGAAGAACUGUCAAGAGGAGGUUCUGGGCAUGGCAAGACGUGGAAUGGCAUCUCCUAGAAAGGUAAAUCACGUUUCCUAGGGGAUGUGGCUUGCAAGUAUAAACAGGACUGCCUCAAUACGUUUUGGUGCCUGAAGCAUUACUGCCACCACCAUAUUAUGAUGCAAUAAGCCUUUCAGAGCCCAAUCGGAAUGCUUGGCUGUCUUCUGAGAGACCUUCCUCAGCCAGUUAUACAAUGGGCUUUUAGGCACACCAUGAUCUCUCAUCCUUGGUCCCAAGUCUGUGAGAUGGGAAUAAUGUGUACCUUUCUCACAAGCUGUGAGCGGAAAUGAGGUAAGGACUGAUCUUGCAGUAACUAUGCUUCUGCCCUCCCUGAGGAGGCCCCAUUGAUACAGUCCUGUGGCAGUUUGAAAGACUAACCAGUUUACUGUGACAUGUCCACUUUUUCAGAUACCUGAAGUGGCCACUUAAGUGUGUGAAUAUACACACUCAACACACUCAAUCUCAAAUACGGAUAUGAAAGAUCAAAGGCAUUUUUUUAUGACAGGCGGCCUCCCUCCACCCUACCAGUCCCAAUGGUCUCCCCCCACCUCAUUUUCAUUAAGUGGCAAAAAAUCAAGAAAAAAACACCACCCUUUCCCAUUACUUUAAUGUUUUCAGAAACGUUACACCUCUAGUGCAACAGCCACAGAAUUAGGAUGAAAUUUCAUGAGCUUUGAUGUCAGGGUUAUUCACUACUCACCUGGUCAUUUGUGUGUUUCCCCCCAGGUGUCUGGCUAGUUCCUGUUCGCCUGCUUGGCCUUGGAGAGCUUAGGUGAAAGAAGGCCUUCCGGGUUAAGCAUGCAGGCUGUGUGCAGGUGGCGGGUGUCGUUUUCCAAGCUUCUGGAAGGAAAACAGCACAGAUGAAUUAUAUCUGCUCACUUGCCAAGAAAAGUUCAGCAGCCAUUCUGAGAUUCUUUCGGACACGAGGAGGAAAUUUUAUUCCAGCUGCAAUUAAACUGUUUGUGGCAAAAUCGAGAGCGCAGCUCUUGUAUGGAGCACAAUUGGGACCAUUUUCCAACUUAGCCAUAUAUGGGAAAAUACAAUCGGGCUUCUUAAGGUCAUUAUUUCUGACACCAAGAAGUGUCUCCAAUGCGACAUUACGAAUGGAGAGUGGAUUAAUUAGAAUUGAAGCUCAUGUGUGGCAAAUUACUAUAUCUACCUGGCUUAGACUUAAGCUGACCCCAGCGGGGCUGCUUCCCCUAAUUUUCCAAGACAAUUAUCAGAUGAAAUGGUGGAACAUUAUCAAAGAGAAAUUAUGCACCUAUGGGUUCUCUACAGAACAUCUACUAGCCAUAGGCUUGGAAAAGGCCAAAGACCUUGUUAAGCAGCGUAUUUGGGAUAUUGAACUGCAGAACGAUCUAAGCCAAAUCCUAUAUAUUUACCAUUCUCCUCAAGAUAUACAGGGCGGUGGCCCUGCGGCCUAUCUGAGCUCCCUUACAUAUUAUAAAUACAGGUGGGCAUUUACUAGGGCUCGCUAUAAUGUUCUCCCUUCCAAGUUCACAGAAGGCAGAUAUCAAGGAAUUCCAGUCUCCCAAAGGUUAUGCCCAUGUGAUUCUGGUGAGAUAGAGACAUCCUCUCAUGUGCUUUUAUACUGCUCGUUCUACUCAGAGGCCCGGUCAGGCUUAAUCCAUCCUCUACUUCAGGACUUUCCAGGUAACACCGAUGAAUUUUAUACCAAGUUCCUCCUUGCUGAUAGAAACCCCUCAGUUACCUAUAAGGUUGCUAAAUUCUGCCACUUGGCUAUGAGGACACGUCGUCACCUAUUAACCUCAGAGGACUGUUAAAUCUCUGGGAGAUGGGAACUAAGGAUCUGUACUACUUUGUAUGGUUGCUGUUGCUGAACUAAUGUUGUGCUGGUCUUGGACCGUAAUAAAGUGAUUG